CUUUCUCUCCUCUUUCUCUCUCUCUAUAUAUCUCUCCCGGCGCCGGAGGAGGAGGAGGAGGAAGAAGAAGAAGGCUCUUUCUCUCUCUAUCUCUACACAUCGCUUCUCUGUCGCCGUCGCCGACGCGUUCCCGUUGCAGCGGCGCUUCUCCGCGAGGUGAAGAACAAGGGAGAUUUCGACAAGAGAGCCGAUAAGCCAGGGUGUUAUUGCAAGAUUUUGGCAAUAUGUCUGGUUCUAUAACUGAGGAUUGCGGGGUGGUCGAGAGGUCUUCACUUAUGGAGGGGAUGUCGAGCGAGCAGCUAAACUCCGGGGAUACUCUAGCAGAGUGGCGGUCCUGCGAGCAGGUUGAAAACGGGACGCCGUCCACUUCGCCUCCUUAUUGGGACGAUGACGAUGAUUGUGGACCCAAGCCAGCUGAAUUAUUUGGAAGAUUUACAUGGAAGAUUGAGAGCUUCUCAGAAAUUAAAAAGAGAGAACUGCGAAGUAAUGCUUUUGAAGUUGGUGGUUACAAGUGGUAUAUUUUAAUCUACCCACAAGGAUGUGACGUCUGCAAUCACUUAUCAUUGUUCCUCUGUGUUGCUAAUCACGAUAAACUUCUGCCAGGAUGGAGUCACUUUGCGCAAUUUACAAUUGCUGUAGUUAACAAAGAUCCCAAGAAAUCUAAGUUCUCUGAUACGUUGCACCGGUUCUGGAAGAAAGAGCAUGAUUGGGGGUGGAAAAAAUUUAUGGAGUUAUCAAAAGUUCAUGAUGGCUUCGUUGUUGAUGAUUGCCUUAUUAUUAAAGCGCAAGUUCAAGUUAUCAGGGAGAAAGCAAACCGCCCAUUCCGUUGCCUUGACUGCCAGUACCGGAGGGAGCUGGUCCGUAUCUAUUUGUCUAACGUAGAGCAAAUUUGCCGACGUUUUAUUGAGGAGAGAAGAAGCAAGCUUACCAAGUUGAUCGAGGAUAAAGUGAGGUGGUCAAGUUUUCGUGUCUUUUGGCUAGGAAUUGAUGCGAGUUCCAGGAGACGUAUGUCAAGGGACAAGAGUGAAGCCAUACUGAAGUUGGUUGUCAAGCAUUUCUUUAUGGAAAAAGAAGUAACUUCUACCUUAGUUAUGGACUCUCUGUACAGCGGGCUGAAGGCUCUUGAGUUCCAGAGCAAGAACAAAAAAGGGUUACCAAAAUUAGUGGAACUGGAAGAGCUACCACAUCCGAUGGUACGGAUCGACAAAGACAUGUUUGUGUUGGCUGAUGAUGUGAUAAUGCUGCUUGAGAGAGCAGUAUCAGAGCCCUUGCCUCAUCAGCCUUUGCCUCCUAAAGAUGACAAGUCUUCGCAGAACCGAACCAAGGAUGGAAGUUCUGGCGAAGAAAUCAACAAAGAUUCCACUGAGCGUGAUGAAAGGCGCCUAAUGGAGCUGGGUCGGAGGACUCUGGAAAUUUUUGUCCUAGCUCAUAUAUUCAGCAGUAGAAUUGAGGUUGCGUACCAAGAAGCUGUUGCUCUAAAGAGGCAGGAGGAGCUCAUCCGUGAAGAGGAAGCUGCUGGACUAGCUGAUGAUCUCAAGGGAAAGCGUGCUGUUGCUGACAGGGAGAAGCGUGCAAAGAAAAAACAGGGUCAGGGCAAACAAAAGAGAAAUAGUCGAAAAAGCAAAGAGAAAGGAAGAGACUUGAAGGCUGACACUAUUAUUCAGGAAAAAUUCCAGGAGGAUGAAGAGCCAUCAGAUGAUAGAAGUAUUGAUGAUGUCCCAGCUAAGCAGUCCGAACCAGAUAUUCAGAAGGUCAAUAACCAAGAAGAUGCGUCGGAUGUGUCUGAUGGUGGAGAUAAUUGUACUGAGGUGACGCAGCUCGAUAUAGAAGGUAGAGGUAGCAGUCCUGUAAACUGGGACACUGAUGUAUCGGAAACUUACCCUAACAUGGAGGCUAGUAGUGGUGACGUACCAAAUGGGAAAACAGGAAAGAGAAGCCCUCCAAUCGAUGACAGCUCGUCGACUUGUUCUACUGAUUCAGUCCCAUCGGUUGUGAUGUCCGGCCCUUACAAAGGAAACACUUUGUCCAACAACAAGGUCCAGGCAUCACCUAACAGAGGGAAGAAUCAGCGGAACAAGGAGAUGAAUGACCGAACAGGUCGUUCUUAUGGUGGAAAUAAUCCACCACCUGAUGCUGCUAUCGAUUCUGGCCAUGUUUUUUCUGGCAAUUGUAGGGCUCCCAGACCUGAAUCUGAGGCGGUUGUUCUCUCACUAAAAGAUCAGAUGCAGUUGGUUGAGCACAAUCUGGUUGAGAAGGAGGAGGAAGCCAUAUAUCUGACAAAAAAGCUAAACAGCAAAGAUCAAUAUGACAUUGCGAGCCACUCAAAGAAGACGACAGGAGGAUCAUCCUCUUCUUCAGCCAGUCCUCUGAAGAAGCCAUUAAUCUCUUGGCAGCAGCCAAAGCAGUCAUCAGAAAGCACUACAGCUUCCUCAACCACCACUACCGCCGCCACCGCCAGCGGCCCCACUGCCGGCGCCACUGCCAGCGGCGCCACCGCCACCGCAGCUAUUUCUCCAGCAACCACUGUUACCACCGCCACUCCACCUGAACCAUCUUCUACAAAAGAGCUUCAAUCAACUCACACAGUCCAACCUGAUAAACUAGCUCCACCGUCAUUGAGAUUGCCGCUAACCUCUUCCAUCCCUAAAACUGAAACUCAGAAACCAACAACUUCCUCAAAGAAUACUACAACAAUCUCCUCAGCGACCGCUACAAAGUCAAGGCCUUUAAGUGCACCUUUGAUCCCGGCGCCUAGACCGUACAUACCAACCGUUUCCAUGGUCCAAGCAGCGCCGCAACUUUCACGCUCGAGGAGUGCCGCUGGCCGAUUGGGCAAUAAUGAUCCAUCCCCCUCUGCCCCCAGCUAUUUUCCUCAGUCGUACCGUAAUGCUAUUAUGGGUAACAUGGCCACCACGGGUACCACGAGCCCUGCUAUGAGCCAAGGUGUUGCGUAUUCUCACUCAUCGACCUCUGUUUCCUCUGCAUCAACAUCUGUCCUUCAGUCUCAGAUUUCUUCAAGAUCGGAUCAGUCCUCACUAAGACCGGGGUUUACUUUCGGGUCGGUUAGGCCGGACGCGCUAAACAACCAGAACUGUUGGAUAGAUAAUGAGAAGUUUGGCUUGAACAUACUGAGUGACAUGGAGGGUCUCAGCAUUUAUGGGGAGUCGCAACAUAAGCGACUUCCCCCGCAGAAUUUUCCUAAUUACACUGACGAAUUCCCCCACCUUGAUAUCAUCAAUGACUUGCUUGAUGAGGAGCAGAGUAAUGGUAGGCUUCACCACGAUUAUAAUCACCAACAGAGCUUCAGUCGGCAGUACUCUCUGCCUGCAAGCUCCUCUGGUCAGUUUGACCAAGCUGAGCAAUGCUAUGAGAGCAUUUCGCGGGCCUUUGAUUCUUGCACUGGCGGUCUUGUUCACGGGUUGAGAGAGGGGCAUUUCUCACCGUUAGAUCUUUCAAUGUACCCAGAUGGUCAGAUUGACGGGGUUAUGCAAAACCAGUGGCUGUACGGCCCUGGUGCCGACCUGUCGAUGCUUAAUUUAGGCGCGGGUGAUGCAAACGGUUACCCAUACCAACAACUAGGGGAGUAUUCGAAUUUGACAACCGGGGUGGAGGGGUACUCUAUAUAUCGUCCCGCAGGUGGGCCUUGAGGAGGUCUAUGAAAGGAACAGUGCAAUCAUCAUCGAGAUCUUAAUAAUGUCUGUAAUUGAUCUUUAUUGUUGUUGUUGAGUUUUGAUAUGAAAAUGUGAUCCUUACCUUCGAUGGAGGAGAAAAGAUUAAAAAAAAAAAAGAGAAAACAUCUUGUAAAGAAUGAUUCCGCAAUUCCGUACUUAAAAUCUAGUGCAGCGGGCUUUGUUGAGUGUUCUCUCGUAAGUUGUACUUCUAUUUAUUGGAGAAGAGGGCUCAUUCUAAACUUUCGUUUC